AUGAGAAAAGAUGGAUUUAGCACUGUAUACAAAGCAAGGUUGUUAGAAGAUAGAUCACAUCGUUAUGAUAUAUGUGAGUCGCUAAGUUUUGUUACUCUCAAGACUAUAAAUCUAAAAGAAUUUGUAAAUCAUAUUGAGAAAUAUUUAACGUUAAGUGUAUAUGGGUUGACUCUGAACCCUGAAAUAAACGAAUAUAUGAUAGAUGGAUUUAGCACUGUAUACAAAGCAAGGCUGUUGGAUGAUAGAUCAUAUUAUUAUUAUGAUAAUGAUAUACAUGAGUCGCUAAGUUUUGUUACUUUCAAGCCUAUAAAUCUAAACGAAUUUGUAAAUCAUAUUGAGAAACAUUUAACGUUAAGUGUAUAUAUGGGUUGA